CACAGGGAGCCCUGUCCUUGCAGCCAAAGUGGGCGCUCUGCUCCCCUUGCACAGCCCCGGGACAGUGCUGCACAAUUCACUGCCCCAGCCCAGGAAUGAAACUAGUCAAGCUAUCAAAUGGACCACCUACAGAGGUCAGACAAACUACACCGAGCAGACUGGGUGUAGGAAAGCAGUAGUAGUUCCUAGAGAUGAGAACAACUCAGCCAUGACGAUAGAGGCGAGCAGGCAGCAGAGGGGAGCAGCAGCUCAAGACCUCAACCUGCUGUGUACAAAAAGCAACGUUGGAGCCUGAAACAAGAUCCAGGCUCCAGCAAAAUGGACGAUUUCCAAGUAUUUGGAAAGCUUCAAGCAGCUGUGGGGAGGAAGAACACUCUCAUAGCCUGGGACACGGCUGAGCGAGACUGACACGAAAACAAGGUCUCCUCCAGAACAGAAAAGGCAUUGAGCCUUUGACAGAGCCUGGAGGGCACGGGCGGCGCUGGCCGGGCACGCUCUGCAGGCUCCUGCUGCCGAACAUGUUUGAGGAAAGCCCUCCUUCAAGAUAUUUGACAAGACCUGCCCACCCAGAAGACUCCCAGGGAACCACCACAGCUGUAAGUCAUGUUUUGCGGGAUCAGGAAAACACAGGACAUGUCCCCAUGGACAACAGCGACAGCUUGGCUUCCCCCAGUGACGUGCCAGCAAACCCAACAUCCCUGCAGCAGCACCUGGCAAAGCUGAAGAUGCUGAUGUCCAGGCAGAAGGAUGAGUAUGAAUCUAAGAUUGCAAGCCUGGAGCAGCGGAACAGGGAGCUGCAGUCGGAGAUUAAGGGCAUGCAUUCAAAACUGGGACAGCAGCGCAAGUGGUACAGUCUUGUGGAGAUGAAAAUGCGAAAUGCAGAGAGAGCAAAGGAAGAUGCAGAGAGAAGAAAUGAGAUGCUCCAGAAAGAGAUGGAAGAGUUUUUUGAAACCUUCGGCGAAAUUAACAGAUGGAAAUGAACAGGGGUGUGCUCAGCCUGAAGUGGAGCUGAGAUGUAGGAGAAAAGCCACCUCCUGAUUUCAGCAGACUCCCCUGUUUCAAAGGUGAAAUAAGAAACCCAACAGUAAGAACUAGGCUGCCAAUUAUAAAGUGAGCAGUUGAUACAAAGUCAUUCGGGUCCUGAAUCCCUCUGCUCUGUCCUGCUAAUGCCAGGGAUCCUUUCUCUUACCACUGGAAAAACCUUUCAGACACUUUGUACUACUAGCUCCCAAGUCAGCCCAUGCAGUGUACUGGGGAAGGACUCUGGUGUUUUUCAUCUAGCCUUGAGCCUUGUACUCAUGCACUCAAUGCCCAAGUGGCUGAGUGGUUUUAAUCAAGGGAUGUUGUGCCUGCUGGAGUGUGUUCUACCAGCCAAACCCAAGGUCCCAUAGGUAUUCCAUGGGCUAUAAGAGUGCUGAGCUCAUACCUGCAUCCUUAAGUCAGCUGUUUCAGAGACAAGUACAGAGGAACGAGACAACACAGCUACAUCUCGCCCUUGCAGAGUCCCCACCAGCACUCUGACAUGGUCCUGUGCCCAGGAUCCAGAGCACAGCGCCAUUCCUGUGCUCUCACCGAAGGGAUGUUAAUUUAUGCAUGAGGAGGGCUCUUACAAAGCCAUUUGUUCCUCUGGCUUAUAAUUAGCCUCCCUACAGGACUCCCAUAGGAACACAUUAGUCUUAAGAUUGUCACUGGCAGGCUCCCUCCCUCCGAUCUCCCCAGAGGUACCUUUCUCCACAUGAGAAAGGUAUUAACUAUUUUGAUACCAGCAUUAAUGACACAUAUACAGUUAAAUAUCAAUAAAAUAACCACUGUUCUUUUAUGCCACUGCAGAAGUUGUUUAACAUGAACAAUGGUAUCUGUAUCCUUUAACCUGUACUGUAUUGAAAAUUGUACUUUAUAUGAGAAUAAAGUGUGGUUCGUUAUUUGCUCUUCAGCACGAUUAAAUGCAAGAGUGACCA